GAAGUGCGGCUGGGGAUGAAAGAGGUGAAAGCCAAGCACUUUCUGAAAGGUAACUCUAUGGGGCUGGUGCAUUGCUCUUUGUACAUUGCCAGAGAAGUUUGCAAGUUGGGCUUCAGGUAAUGUUUGGUGGCAUGAGUACUGGCACUCGGACAGACAUACAGCCAGGACAUGCCAUUGACUCUUAAAAAGUUACUCAAAAAGCCACCGGAGUGUACAGUCUGUUAUGGGCAGUGGCUGCAGCCGGGGCAGUAGCAGUGUACUUAUUGUCAGCAGUCAGCAGCCCAGAUCUCCAUCCAAGAGAGAGCCUUCAGCCCAGGAAGAAACCAUCGCCUGCCAGACACGGGAUGAACCUGUAGCACCCACUAAACAGGGCAAGGAGCCUGAGAGAGGCCGACCGAGACCAAAGGACAUAGAUGAAGAUCUUCAGCUGCUUGAUGAGUUAUUGGAAGAGUCCCAGGACUGCUUGUCUGAUAAAGAUCCAAAACUCAAGGCACAGGCUCUGGAAUCCAGAUGCCACAUCACAAGCCCUCAGUCACAACCGCAAGUCUGCGGAAAGAAACCCCACAAUCCUGAGACAACAUUGGCAAUACAGGGACAGCCACAGCUGCAACUGACCUCUUCCCUGCCCAACAAUAUCCAUUACAGACAACAGGAGAACAACAGCAAAACAGUUCUGAAAACCAGAAAUACUCAAGAUGCAGAGAACAACAAUCUUUCCUAUCAACUCCAAGGUGCGCAGGAGGCUAGAGAGGAAAAGCCAGCUCUAAAGUACAAUAAAUCUGAAGAAGCGCUUAUGGAUAUUAUUGCGCGGCAGUAUUACCCAUGAGGAUUUCUGUCUGAGCAAAAAGGGCAACCAAAGCAACGGAAAAACCAAGAGGGAAAUGCACUUUAUCCAACACAACAACAGCAGCCUGUUUUCCAUUCCUACCAGGGAAACACUUGUCUUCAAAGAGAAUGCCAAAGGUUCUGAUCGGUUUCUUUGCAGACGCAAUAAGUUUUAAUAUGCAGUAAGCUUUACAUAUAUAUACAGUGCCCACUGAACCAAUGGCACAGAGGUGGGCCAGGCAAUGUUUGAUUGACAGCUCGGAUUUUUAAAUACAUUUAAAAAAAGGGAUGGAUGUUUUGAUUAAAAAAAAGAAUUUGGUUUUCAUGGUUAAUUUGCAAAAGACUUUUGUUAUACAGCUUUUUGUGUGUAGGUGACAGGUCCCAUUUAAAAUGGACUCUAUGGGGAAAAGGCCUUCCCGUAACUCGGAGAUUUCUGGAUAACAGGUUCUGGAUAACAGGUUCCCAUACUUGUAUUUAGAUCUAGGCUGAUUUGUUCAACUACAACUCCCAUCAUUCCCUGGCAGCCAAAUGAGUGAUUCAGACAAUAUGUUGAUCAUAUGCUGUUUCUCUAUGCAAAGUCAGCCAUGUUUGAAAUUCAGUCCUUCAGCUAUUGCUGGUUUACAAUUUCUGUAACCACUGUUUUACUAGGGUUGAUGGAAAGGUUGGUCAGUCAAUGUCAGAGGAUCUCUCUCUAUGGCAAGGGGUAUAAACCAAAUCAAUUUAUGCCAGUUGGAAUAUAGCUCCAACCAGGCAUUGGAAAUUACCAUGUAAGAGAUUACAGAUGGAGCUCAGGACAUUGCAAACAAACAUGGGAACUUCUUUUGUGUUAUGGAUAUCAUUAUUCACAAGCAUCUUUCACUCAAUAAACGAAAUAUUCUUGCAGUA